AUGAAUAAAUCAUUAUUUGCUAGCUUACUAAUUCUAUUAAUUAUUGGAUAAGUUUCAUGUGACACUUUGGAUGAUAUAAAAGAUAGUGCUAUUGUUUCUACUUUAGCUGCCGCUGGAAUUACAGUAGGAGCUAAGGUUGGUUUAAUGGCAGCGGGUUUUUCAUCAAUAGGUCCUGUAGCAGGAAGCCUUGCUGCAGCAAGUUAAGCAGGUGUUGGAAAUGUUGUUGCAGGAAGUAUUUUUUCUAUAGCACAAAGUGUGGCAAUGACAGGAGUAAUGAGUACAGUUUUACUACCUGCAUCUGUUAUUGGAAUUACUGCAGGAACAGCAUAUUACUUUUAUAAAAAAGAAUGA